CUCCAGAUACUCCCCUGGACUAGUUCACAGUGUAAGGUGUAGCAUACAUCGUCACCCUACACUACCAGAAAGAGACGAAUGAUAGGGGAAGCUGCAAACCCAGAAGUAAAACUACAAGAAGAAGAAAAAGGAAUUGUAUGACAGGGAAAGACGACGAAGAAGAUUUGUGAACCCUUAAUCUGGCACCCGCAUACAUUGAAUCCACAGGCAGAUUUUGGCUGACUUCUCUGGAGAGAGAAAAAAUAAAGGAAUAGGAGGAGAAGGAGAAGGAGAAGAGUAUAAGGAGAAAUGGUGUAAUGUGUUCCAUCCUUUUAUACUUGUCGUAACUCUGAGUUGAGGCUGGAGCAGACUAGCAGUGCAUGACGGUGGGAAGAGGCUGGCUGCUGUGUGUUUGCUGGCCGCGAGUAAUUACAUUCGACUCAGUCCCUACAUCUCUAAUCGCCAGGGUGUGAUAAAUUCUUUAUUAAGCAAAUUUGUCAACAUAUCAGUCAUAUUGCCUUUUAAUACCACGAAAUACGAAAUAACUUCAGUGAAUCAACAGUUUGUGUUAUUUGAAUAGGGAACAAUGUUCAUUUUUUGUGACGUCCUUGUGGACGGGCCCGCGACUUUACUCAGUCACACAGAAUCACCGACAGCACCUGUAGGAUUGUGAUUAUUACAGGAAUAGUGGCACUGCGAGAAAGGAGGUUGAAAGAUUUAUUUCAGUGACACAAACGAAGCAAUAGUUUAAGAAGAUAGUUAAUAAAUAUACUUAAAUAGUUAGUUUAUUCUUAUGGACGUUGAAGAAUGAUAUUCGCAAUAACUUACCUGUACCGAAUGUCCAAACUGUUCACUGAGCAGUAUUUCUCAAGUUUUUUCCUGUCAAACGUGGCUUAAUUAAGUGUAGAGACUUUAUUUAGAACAUAUUUCCUGUGAGUGUGCACAUAAAGUAUGAUAAACAAAGCAUUGGAUUCGUGCCCGCAGUCCUGUCACUAACUUCUGAAGUGGACAAACGGAUACCGCCGGCGCCUGAAGCCUUUCGAGUCAUUGGCAGUGAAACAACAAACAAACAACUUCUGCGCUAGGAGCCCUGGGAAUGUGUAUACAUUUCUACUAACAGCCGUCCAUAAAUCUCAGUGUGAAGAAAUUUCAGUGAAUCUUCAAAAAAAAAAGGAGAGUUAAAUCUGCAAACGAUGCACAAGUAAAUGAUGAUUGUGUUUAAAAUAUUCUACAGACAGUAAACAACGUGCAUAUUUUUGUCUGCAUUGUUUCACCAUAGACUGAAUAAUAACUGACAAAGCAGCUCUUACAAUAACAAAUGGGACUUUUGAACUGUAUGUUGUACUCAGAUGAUGAGCUUUAUAAACUUUGUACUAUUGCUAAGAAACGGACGCCUGACAGAGGAUGUUUACGUCAAACUCAAAAUAUUUAUCAUACGGAGCAUCUAACAAAUCACGCUACUCGUAAAGUUUCGGUGUGUACAUGAACUCUUUAUGGUUGAUAUUUUUUCGUAUCGAAGUGGAAUGUGCUGAUUGUGAUUCAGUAUUUCUCUACAAGUAGCAGAUGUUAAUAUUUGUAGCACACAAUCCGAACAUUGGACGAUAUUUGUUAAUAUUCAUUGUUUAAUUCAACGUAAGUAGCGUUACAACAGCCCUUCAAAUCCAUUAUCUCAUUGCUAUUUCAAAUAGAUAAUUUCAUUGCUGUGAAAAAUGUAAUUUUAUUUAAACUAGCUGUGUCAUGAAAACAAAAUGACAUCGGUUUAGACCAAAAGUUAAUCUAUUGUUACUUCACAAAUGUUGAUAUCACUUGCAGAAGAGAUUGAAUGAUAUUUUGAUUAUAUAACUUACAAAGCUUAUGCAUCAAUUUACAGUUAUGGGUGCUGCACUCAGUUUGUAAGUUACAGACUAUUUACGGAAUAAUUUGAGUCUAUAUAUAAUCAUCAAUUUAAAUACAAACACACUCAGACAUGUUUGCAAAUAGAUUUGCAACAGAUCAUUAUAACUGCAAUACUGAGUCUGAUAGUCUCUAUCUACAGGCAAAUGAUUCUACUCAAAGGCCAAUAAAAGGUUCUAAACGCCAAAAACAUCCUGAUUCUCCAAGAGAUUUUCUCGCCAACAGAGUAUCCUUCUACAUGGAUGACAUUCUUCCUUCGUCAAACGAUGAAGCUGAUGGUUCGGCGUUGGAUUUGCGUUAUAAGCAAUCUAUACAAAGGUUGCAACACCCUAGAAUCCUUAUGACAAGGGAGAGAUCUUUCCGAGUGGGAGAAAGGAAACCUGUGAGAUUAGUAAGGCACGCGUCAGACGUGUGUCCUUCAACAAGACCUCAACGGUUGCAGCGAAACAGGAGUAUCAAUGGCAGCAGAAGAACACCGCGGCGCCGAGACAGCUACGGCGGAACUAUCGAACGAUCGGAAAUUAGACCUGUUGUAAGAUGCUUCAGUUACCGUAGUACGGGAAGUGGAAAUGGAAGAAUAAGACGUCAAAACAGCAGUAGCAUAGACGGUGGCUCAAAACGUUCGUCAACAAGAAGGGAAUCAUGUCACUUACAUCGUAAUUCAAGUUUCAAGCUGCCCCACAAAGAGCUGCAUCCUAAGGAACGUAGGAGACGCAUCGUGGUUCUAAUGGUGAUCUCUACAUUUCUCUUCCUGGUGGUUUGCAGCGUGCUGGCUGUGGUGGUCACCCUGACCCACAGCUCUUUCCACAGGAAUUCGUACUACCUUCCUGAGUCAACACAGCGUCACUAUCCUCGUAUAAAUUAUACGGGAACUGAUAACUUGGAGCAGUCGUAUCCAGCAUUCGUCGUCGCAGUCCGUCAAUCUCCGAUGUUUUGUGCGGCCAUAAACAUCUAAGUUUAACAAAUUCUAAGUUGCUUGUUCCGGCGGCUUACAUUUCAAGUACAUAAACUGAAAAUGUAUUUGAAUUAGAAUCACAUUUGUGUGUGCUUAUAGAAUAAUAAGGGAACGAAAAAUAUGUCUUAAGGUGAA